GGAUAAAAGCGUCUGCCAAAUGAAUGUAAUGUAAUGUAAUGGCUCUUCCAAGCCGUGCAGAGAACGAAAGCUUGUUUUAAGAUUACAUUACGUUUUAUCUGGAAGAUGAUUUCUACCAAAGCGGCAUACGGCAACUACGUACCAAAGUUCUUUGGGAUAAAAGAUAAUCAGUCAUCCAUGGCCAUGAUCAUUAAGCCUUGUUGACAAAGUAAGAAUUGGCAGCAAAGUCAGUAACGUUACGCCAACGUCAAAGAACAGAAGUGAGGCAUGGUUGCUAGAAAGUGAUAGAAGGAUGGAUGGAUGGAUGUUCCUCAGACAUGACGCAUGUGUGACUAAUGCCUUCCUCUUGCAUGACUGUACAGCUUAGCAGGAAGAGCCUGCAAUGUGUGGCAAUUGGCAGUCAACAGUUGCCAACUAUAGUGGGGCAAAGUGCUUCUCACUGAUCAUGGUUAGUGGCGAGAGAGAGAGAGAGAGAGAGAGAGAGAAGGCUGUGUUUUAUCAAAGUUUGUAAAAAUGCAGUAUAUAUAUUUUAGGGCCCAAAAUUAGUAUUAAGUACACCUGACAAUUGCACGAAAAGUAACUAAUUACUACAGCCACUAUACAAGUUUUAAUGUAGUUGAACUACCAGCAAAUUGCCGCAAAAUGUAAUUAAAAUACUAGUUCAACUGCAUGUAGUUAAACUACUCCCCAACACUGUCGGAUGGUCCUAGGGGAGGUGUCACGACAAAUUUGAUCCGGGCUUCAAAGAUGACGUAAUGACACUCUAAAGCAGCAGAUAUUAGGCCCUUUUGAUGUACUGUAGUUCUGUGACAGAGGCUUUUGCUUGUUGUGCACUGUUAUUUAAUGAAAGCCAACUUGUUGAGAAACACAUUAAUGCUCUCUAUUUCCAUGAUUUGAAUAAACCCUGAUUAUAUAACAUACUGCCACCCUAGAGUUUUUCAUCCUUGAUCCCGAAGACACGAGAAAGGAUGCUGUAUCCUUUCUCAGCCGCCAGGGGGCAUAAUGGACUGAAAAUAAAACAAGGCUGUCAAGUGUGGCUCUCAAACUCAGUCCUGGGGAUCACUGUAUGUCCACCAUACAGUUGUAAACGCAGUUGCAAUCCCAGAUUUUUCCUGUUAAUUUUUCUUAACUGGUGUUUUUAAUGUUUAGGGGGAUUAUUUGCCCUCUUAAGACACAUUGUGUCAGAAAUAGCCAUACACACGAUGAAGAAUAAACAUGUGAUGUUCACAUUGUUUAUUGUGCUCCCUUGCACACAGUUACAUAAUAAGCAUAGUAAAAAAUAAUCAAAUUAAAGACUGAGGUGAAUAAAUUGGCUCAUAAUUAGGUUGUUGCACAUACAGUUAAAGUUUUUUCAUCAUUUCUUCCUUAAACUUACGAACGCAAUGCAGAUUUAGCUCUAUUACAUUGUAUAGUUAUUUCUUACACAAUGUAGUUAAGAGGGAAAAUAAUCCCUCUAAACAUUAAAAACAUAAUUAAGAAAAAUUAACAUUUUGUUAAAAUUCUGCACAUUAUGCACAUGAAGCAUGUGAAAGGCAUUUUUUUGAUAGUGCUUUUGAUGUUUAUAGGCACAUACACUGAGUCAGUGAUCGAAGAGCUAACAUUAGCAGUGCAGCUUCAAUGGUGAUUUUUAGAACAUGGCGAGGUGUGUAGCCAUGUAGCAAAUAGAAACAAAGAAGCAGAACUCGGAACGGAAGCAUUGAGCCUGAGGGUGUUCUGAGUGUUUUGUGAUGUCAUAGAACAACGCCCGUCUUUGUUCUCUCACGGUCACCAGCUCUGUUGCUCUGUUGCUUCUUCUGCAGUCCUGAGGACCUGGGUUCUUCCGUCCGGUCCUGAGUCUUCGGAGCAUGGCUGCGUGGGCCCAGAUUCGGCUCGCGAUUCUCCUGCUGUCCGGUCUCCAUCACCUUGGACGACCCUGCGAGGAGCCGUUUGUGGAGCGUGUGGUCGUCGGCAGAACCGGGCAAGAGUCGGUUUCGCUGCCCUUGCAGGUUAAGAAUUCUUCCGAGAUGUCCACGGUGCUCUGGGCGCGGGGGAGCAGCGUGGUGGCGAGGGUGAGGCACGGCGACGUGGCGGCGGUCUCCGGCGACAGGACCAGCGUCUCCGUCAACGGGACGCUGCGGCUGCACGACGUUCGGAAGAGCGACGGCGGAGCCUACAAAGUGGAGGGGCACGACGGCUCGGGGAGCUGCGCCUUCAGAGAGCACGUCUGGCUGGAGGUGCGAGACCCCGUCUCUCGCCCCGCCGUGUCCGUGGUCUCCUGCGAGUGCGGGCGAGCGAGCCUCAGGUGUGAGGUGGAGAGGGGGGACAACGUGUCCUUCCGGUGGGCUGUCCCGGGGGGGUCCGCGAACGCCAGUCUCGGGGCGGGCGCCCUGCUCUCCGUGGAGGUCGGCGACCGGCGGGAGCUGGUCUGCGUGGCCAGCAACGGGGUCAGCGCGGAGACCAGCGACCCCCUCACACCCGACUGUCCCGAUGCCGUAACACCAUAUCGGGUGUCUGAAACAGAGGCAACUGAAGGUUACAAAAAUUAUGCAAGACUUAAAUUAUGCAUCGAGUUAUUUCUCGGUGCCUGUGGAGUUCUUCUUGCCAUCCUGUUUGCCAUCUUGUGCAUCGCCAGCAGGGACAGGGAAGGACCCAACACAGAGCGUGGCCCAUCUCCGGAGGAAACUGGCGUGGUUUAUUCUCAGGUCCGCAUUACGAACAGAGACAAAUAAGGUACCCCUGGAGAAGGAUGUGGUUCAGCCUAAAAUCUGUCCACAAUAAUCAUGCUCUCCACUUUCCAUUAGGAUUUGAACUCAUUCAAGCCCCGUUCUGCAUUGUGCUUUACUUCCAUUUUUUAUCCAGUUAUUAACAUCACUUGUUUGUCAGACAUGUGGAAAUUUACAAAAAUGUGCCUUUAUUGCAUCCACUUCUCAAAGUCAAGGUCAAAGUACAUUGUGGGUAGUCUGAAGAUGUCAAGGAUACUUACUACGUUUACAGUGAAUGGACUUCCAUAGGAUUGUGCAAGUCUUUUUUUUUUUUACUAGACUACUGUACCUGAUCAGUGCUAGAAUGUGUUAAUCCAGUGCCUUGGGAGUUUCAUGAAUAUUUUAUCAACUUGACAUGUAGCAGAAAGUCUGGAUUCACUCAACAAUUGUUCACAACCUUGACUUAUAAAUAAAUGUAUGUAAAUAAAAUAGGUUUUUUACAGUGUAAA